AUGCAUUCGGUACCCUUGCGACAUGGUUGCGCCGAUUCCUGGUGCUGGAACCGAAGGGAUAGAAGUCCAGAAGUGAGAUUGUAUGGCCCAGGUAUGAGCGUAGCUUAUUUUCAUCCGAACUGGAGCAGUGGCACUGCAGGAGUUAGAGGUAAUAGAAUUUUAAACAAUGGAAGAUAUUAUUGGGAGCUUCGUGUAUCUCAAAGGAUUUUUGGUACCAGUAUGAUGUUCGGAAUAGGAACGAAAAAGGCUCGAUUGCACGCCGAUGCUUUCAUGAAUCUGUUAGGGGAGGACGAGCACGGCUGGGGGAUGUCUCACAAAGGCCUUCUGUGGCAUGCAGGCAAAUGGAAUCAUUAUACAAAACCUUUUAAAGAAAACGAAGCUACAAGCGUCGGAGUUCUGUUUGACGGGAUAGCUGGUACUUUGACCUAUUAUAAAGAUGGAGUUUGUUUGGGAGUUGCUUUCAAAGGCCUAAAUGAAAUCCAAGAACCCCUGUAUCCAAUUGUUUGUUCUACGGCUGCUAAGACUGAAAUGAGUCUCACGGAAAUGCGUAGGGACUUCGUUAAUCUCCAAGACCGAUGUCGAGCUGAAAUCGUUAAACGACUGAAAAAUAAACGAGAUAUUGAAGAUCUUAUGCUUCCUCCCAGUAUAAGAAUUUAUUUAGGAGAGGCGUUUGUCGAUACUGUAAAACCAUUUUUGCCUGUCAACGAAUACGUUUUAAAUAAUUGUUAA